CUCUGGAGCUAAAAGACAGCCGCAUGUGGAUCUCGGAUCGCCAUGAGCGGACCUCAAGAAGACGAAGUUGAGCUACUGAGAGGACGGUUGACGACGACGUCCCCUAACUCUAGUUCAACCUCCGAUUCCAGUGGUACAGCGCGUGAGCAUAAAGAUCGAGACAGGCGCCGAAGCAUCCCGGUAAAGCUGCGGGAAACCGGCCAGGCCGGCCAGUAUAUCCUGACGGCCGAGGACGCGGAGCUUCUGCUAGAGGUGUUGCGGGAUAACUUACGCUUGGAGAAAUCGGAUCCUCCUCGAAAGCGGGCUUUCCUCUUUCGAGAUCUACAGUUCACCAGACAGCGAAGUGCAUUUGAUCGCCAAAAUCCAUCCUUUUACUCCUCCCAGUUUCAUGGCUUCUUUACGCUCUUCUGGCUCGGUGUGGCGUUGAUGUUGGUCAAGAUUGCGGCCAGCAACUUCAGAACCUACGGGACUCCUUUUGGAACCACCGAAGUAAUCGAGCUCAUGCUUAGCCGAGACGUAUUGGUGCUGGGGAUCACCGACUUUAUCUUGUGUUGGUCAACUUUGUUCUGCCUUGGCCUUCAACGGGCGAUUCUCCGAGGAUACCUUCGCUGGAGCGGAUUUGGAUGGGUGAUCCAGAAUGUUUGGCAAACGUCAUACCUCGCGGGCUUCAUCUGGUGGACAUACCAUCGAGAUUGGCCAUGGACCCAUACCGUCUUUAUGGUCUUGCAUUGCUUGACCAUGGUGAUGAAGCAACAUAGCUAUGCGUCUUACAAUGGCUACUUGUCUGAACUGUACAAAAAGCGGGACUUGCUCAAGGGCCACCUCAAGCGGCUGGAGGGAUAUAGUAGUCACGACUCCGUUUCAAACAGUCAAUCACCUACAAAGAGUGCUAUCGUUUCUGAAAUUGCCAAUCUGAGAAAGCAGAAUAGAUGGCGCAGUUCGACUGAAUUCAAGAGUAUCCAUGCUACUCGCGAUACGGAUCACCUCUUGUUACUGUCGGAGACUAUCGAGAACGGCACAGCACUAGAACCGGCUCAACUAGUGCCUUUACGGGGUCUCCUGACAAAAGAAAUUAAACUCUUAUCCGAGGGACUCCAUGGCCAAUUUCACAAGGAGCGCCAGUACCCACGGAACUUGACCGUGGGCAACUUUUGUGAAUUCAUCACACUGCCUACCUUGGUCUAUGAACUUGAAUACCCACGCACCGAGCGAAUUGACUGGGCUUAUGUUGCGGAAAAGGUUAUAGCUACCUUUGCCACCAUCUUUGUCAUGAUCGUGGUCUCUCAAUACUGGAUUUAUCCCGUGGUCAUGAGAACGCUAGACAUGAAGGCUCAGGGCUUGACGGUGCAGCAGCGACUUCGGGAAUUUCCCUGGGUACUGAGUGACCUGCUCUUUCCUUUCAUGAUGGAAUAUCUGCUAGCAUUCUACGUCAUUUGGGAGUGCGUGCUCAAUGCGGUGGCCGAAAUCACCAGAUUCGCCGACCGGGGAUUCUACGCCGACUGGUGGAACUCUAUCUCCUGGGACCAAUUUGCCCGCGAUUGGAACCGACCUGUCCAUAACUUCCUGCUGCGACACGUUUAUCACAGCUCCAUCAGCUCAUUCCAUCUCUCUCGAGUUUCGGCCAGCUUGGUAACCUUUUUCCUGUCCGCCUGUGUACAUGAGCUGAUUAUGCUCUGCAUCUUUCGGCGCCUGCGAGGAUACUUGCUGUUCCUCCAGAUGACACAGUUACCAUUGGUCUCGUUAAGUCGCACGCGUCUCAUGCGUGGGAGAAGACUGGUGGGAAAUAUCUUCUUCUGGCUGGGGAUUUUCACUGGGCCGAGUCUGCUGUGCAGUUUGUAUUUGAUUAUCUAGAGUAGACACGAAGAACGAAAGAACUAUGUAUAUCCCCACCCAUUGUGAAUGAGAAUUUAUUCUGGUAUAUAAGAAAGAAGCUAUUCGAUGUUCUCAAGGACGACGAUUGGAUAAUAAUGCGAUGGCUUUUCGGAACUACCAAUGCAAAAUGUCUAUCGAAUGUUCCCG